AGAGAAUAUGACGAAGGUCUUUGCCGUCAUUUCCAACAAGUUCAAGCCUACGGACUUGUUGGUGGUAGCCCGUCAAGGACAACCGCGUGCCCUGCGGAAUGAGGCACAAAUUUUUGGCUCCACCCUUCCGCCCAUCAAGCCUGGAAAAACCCUGGGCUCCCUCUCUUCCUUCGCCUUCACAAAACGCACCGCCACCAGCUCCUCCGUGCCUCUCUACGCCACGCCCAAGUAACAGGCCUGAAAAAGGACAGGGACAUAAAGGGGAAUGGGGACUGAAGUGGUUGAAGCGUUGUUGAUGCAGCUUGUGAGAAGGCGGGGUUGGAUUAUGGCGAAUGGCGCCUGUCAAGAGGCGCGACCUUUAUGGCAAGAAAGAAGCGUACAUGUAUUCACA